AUGGUGUACCUCCAGACAGUGCUAUUCAUCUCACCGAGCUCACUGUGCUUUGGUUCAAAGACAAGGAUUGGAGGUCUAGCCUGCACACCUUCACACGCUGCUGUUACGUCGGUGGGGUUGCAAACCAGAAUUGGACGACGGGAAAGCGCAAUGAUCCCUAUCUGCAAGUCAAUGGGUAGAGAGGCUUGGCUAUCAUCUCUCGUGGUCCAACAGCGAAUCGCCCAGGUCAUGCCGGGGGGAAGCCCGUCCUUCUCCAUGUGCUGGCAGGGCUCGUUCUACGCGCGGUUUCCGGUGGAUCGUAAGACCUCAAAGCUCGACGAUGCUAAUGCUGCCAGCAACAGACUUCUCCAAACUCUCUGUUCGGAGCUCGGUUACCUUGCCCGCCUUGUCUGGUUUGCGAGAUUGGAAGGCCCGUCGCUCUGCAUCACCCAGCCCACAACGUUGAAACGAAUCUUGCUGCCAUCCCAGCAAUAG